AUGACAAAGAAGAGAAAGCUCGAAGCUCAAUCCAGCGAGGCGUCUGAAUCGUCGCAGAAGCAGAAGCUGACGGAUGAGCAGCUUGAAAUUAAAAAUCUUAUUAAUCAGGAAGGCGGCGAUGAAAUUGAAUACGAGGAAGUAGAGGAGGAGCAUGAAGAGGAAGUCGAGGAUGAUGAUGACGAAGAAGACGAUGAGGAGGAUGCGGGUGGUGAGAAUCAGCCGGCGGGUAAUCGUACGGAGGCGGCGACGUCUGGAUCUGGGAACCAAGGGAAUGAUGAUGCCGAUGAAGAUGAGCCAAUUCUGGAUCUGUUAGAGCCAUUUUCGAAGGAGCAGCUCGUGAGUCUUCUCAAGGAAGCCGCGGAAAAGCAUCUUGAUGUAGCGAAUCGAAUCCGGGAAGUGGCUGAGGAGGAUCCUGUUCAUCGGAAGAUCUUCGUGCACGGGCUUGGAUGGGACACCAAAACUGAGACGCUUAUCGAAGCUUUCAAGCAGUACGGAGAGAUCGAAGACUGCAAGGCCGUUUUUGAUAAGGUCUCGGGGAAAUCUAAAGGCUAUGGGUUUAUUCUGUACAAGUCUAGGUCAGGUGCUCGCAACGCACUCAAGCAGCCUCAGAAGAAGAUCGGAAGCCGCAUGACGGCGUGUCAGCUUGCUUCCAAAGGACCUGUCUUUGGCGGAAACCCUGUCGCUGCAGCUGCCUCGGUAGCGCCUGCUCAGCAUUCGAACUCGGAGCACACGCAGAAGAAGAUCUAUGUCAGUAAUGUUGGAGCAGAGCUAGAUCCCCAGAAACUGCUGGCGUUUUUCUCAAGGUUCGGAGAGAUUGAAGAAGGUCCUUUGGGUCUCGAUAAGUUUACUGGUAGACCUAAAGGCUUCUGCCUCUUUGUCUAUAAGUCGGCUGAAAGCGCCAAGAGGGCUCUGGAGGAGCCACACAAGACCUUCGAGGGCCACGUCUUGCAUUGCCAGAAAGCCAUCGAUGGUCCCAAACCGGGCAAGCCGCAACAAUUCAACACUCACAACAACAACAACAACAAUCCUCGUUUCCAAAGGAAUGAUAACAACGGUUACGGUAUGCCUGGCGUUCAUGGACAUCUCAUGGCUGGUAACCAACCCGGGAUGGGUGCUCCGGCGCAGGCGCUAAACCCGGCUCUUGGACAGGCCUUGACAGCUUUGCUGGCGUCGCAGGGAGCUGGUUUGGCCUUUAACCCAGCCAUUGGACAGGCUUUGUUGGGUUCUCUUGGGACAGCUACAGGGGUGAAUCCAGGGGCUGGAGCUGGAAUGCCUAAUGGUUACGGUACGCAAGCUAUGGCACCGGGAACGAUUCCUGGAUAUGGUGCACAACCUGGGUUGCAAGGUGGCUAUCAGACUCCGCAACCUGGCCAGGGCGGGACAGGCAGAGGGCAACAUGAUAUCCAAAAUCAGUGUUUUAAUAUUGGCCUGGUGAUUCUUCUGAAGUUUAUAAGGAGCUGUGAUGCAAAUGAAGUCUUUAUGAAAAGGAUGACAUACGGUCAGGUGGUUCGGAGCCAAGGCCUAUCCCUCUCUCCUGUCCAGAUCGGAGCCAAGGCCUAUCUGUCUCUUCAAGAGCUCAGUGAAGUGUCGAGUACCGGGUUUGACAAGUCAGGGGUUCCUGGGGCGAAAUUCUCUUUCCCUCUCAGGUCUCUUGAUGCAGGCGGUAAAAGAUCCCACAUGGCCAAGACUAGAAAGCUUCACAAAGAAAUUUGUGGGAGCCAUGGAGAAACUUUUGAAACCUUGUGGAAGACAGGAUAA